AUGUCCGAUCCUAUCAUUGAUGCUGCGCAGAAGCACCCGCCGCCUGAGGGACUUGUCUACACCAAUGUCCUCGACUCCGUCUUAGUCCGUGUCGGUCUCAUUGCAGCCCUUCGAUCUCGCAAGUUGGACGGAAAGUACAUUGGGGUCAUGAUCACAGCUUCCCACAAUCCUCCCGAGGACAACGGCGUGAAGCUGGUAGAGCCAAAGGGUGACAUGCUGGAGGAGUCAUGGGAGGUUAUCAGCACUGAGAUGGCCAACCAGACUAGCCCCGAGGCCGUCUCGAAGUACUACCACAAGAUUGCGGAGGAGCAGAAAAUCGAUCUCAGCAAGCCCGCCAACGUUGUUGUCGCACGCGACACCCGUGCUUCUGGAUCAAGGCUGCUCGGCUGCUUGUUGGACGGUUUGAAGGGUGCUGGAGCUGAGUACAAGGACUAUGGCUUCCUGACAACCCCACAGCUGCACUACAUGGUUCGCUGCCUCAACACUGAGGGCACAUCCGAGGCCUACGGUAUCCCUACUGAGGUCGGCUACUACGAGAAGUUCAGUUCGGCAUUCAAGAAGGCUAUGGGUAGCAGGAAACCCAACGGCGGCUUGACCGUCGACUGUGCGAAUGGUGUUGGUGGCCCUAAACUCAACGAGCUCAUCAAGUACCUCCCCGCAAAGGAGACUGGUCUCGAGAUCUCCGUCACGAACGACAACGUUAUUAAGCCAGAGGCUCUCAAUGUUGAUUGCGGAGCCGACUAUGUCAAGACGAACCAGCGAGCGCCACCUUCCUCUAAGACUGGCCCCGGCGACCGCUGCUGCUCGCUCGAUGGCGAUGCAGAUCGUGUCGUCUAUUACUUCAAGGACGAGCAGAACGUCUUCCGAUUGCUAGACGGUGACCGCAUCGCUACGCUUGUCGCAUCUUUCUUUGGCGAUCUAGUACGCUCGUCAGGCCUUGCUGACCAAAUCAAGAUCGGUGUUGUACAGACUGCAUAUGCAAACGGCGCAGCCACGGAGUAUGUCGAGAAGAACCUCCGUCUUCCUGUCACCUGCACGCCUACCGGAGUAAAGUACCUCCACCAUGCCGCUCAGAAGCUCGACAUUGGUGUCUACUUCGAGGCCAACGGCCAUGGCACUGCCAUCUUCUCUCAAAAUACCCUGAACAUCAUCCAGAGCUACGAGCCCAAGUCACCUUCUGAGGCAGAGAAUCUCGAAAUCCUCCGCGCUUGCAUAGAUUUGAUCAACCAGGCUGUCGGAGAUGCGCUAUCUGACUUCCUCCUUGUCGAGGUUGUCCUCGCACACAAGCGGUGGGGUCCUCAGGAGUGGCUCGCAACCUACACUGAUCUUCCGAAUCGUCUCUCAAAAGUUCUCGUGAAAGAUCGCAAUAUCUUCAAGACCACGGAUGCCGAGCGAAAGCUCACAAAGCCUGACGGCGUCCAAUCCCAGAUCGACAAAGAAGUCCAGAAAUUCCGCCAAGGCCGCUCUUUCGCUCGUGCCAGUGGCACCGAAGAUGCAGUCCGUGUCUACGCCGAGGCCGCGACGAAGGCCGAGGCUGAAGACCUCGCACGCAAGGUUUCGGAGAUCAAUGGCACCCCGGUACUAAAGACUCCGCGCUUGGUGUAUGGGGAAAAGAACAUGGCCGUGGUUGUUACCGAGCGUGAUAUUUUCGAAGAAGCAUUGGCUGCAGAAGAGGAUGAUCGUGAGGGGGCGUUGGAGUAUUCGUCGGCAAGGGAGAGCUUUGACCUGGAGGACUUGCAUCGCGUUUUGGCGGGAGUGACUACAAUGGAGAGUCUGGCAGGUAGGUGGGCUUAA